AUGAAAGAGGAAAUUGAGUGCGAAAUUGGCUCCUCACUGCCAAUUUGUUCUGUUGAUGAUGUUGCUGCAGUAGGUGAUGGAAGAUUUGAAGAGGCCGGUGCUGGUUGUAGUAGUAGCAGAGCUAGGAUGGAUAUGAAUUUAAAAUUGUCAUCAUUAGAAAAAUCAUCUUUAUCAGCACCUUCAUCGUCAAGGCAGUUAUCCACUUCUUUUGUUGGAAAUAAUAAUAGUAGUACUAAUAUGAUGGUUGUUCAACAACAACAACAACAACAACAGCCGAGGAAUAAUUUUGACGGCAAUGGUUUAAAGCAAGAAAAACCAUCAACACAAUUAGUGGAAUCGAAACCGAGAACGGACUAUCCAGAUUAUCAUCAAGACAAGAAUGGAAAGAAAUAUGUAAAUAAUCAAGAAGAAGAAAUUCAAAAGAAGAGUAGACUGCGGAAAUUAUAUAUUAAAUACUUUAGGAAUGUUUUUUUGGCUGAUGAAGACGAUCAAUUGAAAUAUCAAAUGAAAAUACGAGCAGCAGAGGAGCAAUACAAGAUACUAAUACUUUUAGGACUUAGUUUGAAUUUAAUCACGUCAAUAUUCUAUAUUGAAUGGAAUUUUAUUAGACAAGUCAACUUUUUCUCAUUGUGCUUCCUUGACACCUUUUUGGAUAUUGUGGUGCAGUUAUUACUAAUAUUUUGUGGAGCUGCAAAGGAUUUGCCAACACUGGAAUUGGCUCACGUUUUUAAGAAUUUAAUUUUGGGCUCAGUGAGAGCUGUUAAUCAAAUCUAUUCAGGGUUCUACUCACCCAUAUGGAUAAUGAAUGGCUUUGCAUUGCUUAUAUUUUCUCAUGUGGCGUUUUUCAGAAAUUCACUCUCUCUUAUAUCCUGUCUGACCCUCAUUUUCAGUUCCAUGUUUGGGCAGUAUGUAUCUUUCCAAGUAAUGUUUUCAGAAGUGGAGAGGGGAGGAAGAUUCAUCACACUCACUCAUCUUGAGAAGCAAACACCACACAUGCAUAUGGUCUUGAAUUCAUCUAUUUAUUUACAAACUAUUCUACAAAAUACCAUUAUACAGGUGUUCAUUCUUGCAUUGGGAAUCAUGUUCUCGAGAGAUGUUGAAGAGCAGUACAGUAGAAGUAUCCGAUUUGAAUAUCAAAUCAAAACUGAAAGGUUUUUAAAUGCAUCAAAAACCAAGUUUAUUGGAAACUUGUCUCAUGAGAUGAGGAAUCCAUUACAUGGAAUGAUUGGAAUUAUUGAAAUUUUGAAAAUAGAAAUUAAAAAGAUUAUUGACACACUGAGCCAAACGGAUUUUAACAAACAUGAAACAAGAGAACCAGUAAUUAAGGAGGUAAUCUCUGCUAGUGAAUCGAACAUUGACCUCAUCGAUGAUAUACACAGUAAUGCAAGAAUGCUCUUGAAUAUAUUUUCCAAUUCGCUUCAAAUAAGUAGUCUCGAGUUGGGUCAAUUGAAAUUGAAUUAUAGCCACUUCAACAUUCUGGAAAUGAGCGAUUCCAUCAUUUCAGUGUUUUCAACCAUUGCAAGAGACAAGGGUCUUGUACUUCAGUCAUUCUUUGAUGUUGAAAAUGUUCCAAUCGUACUCAAAGCAGACUCGGUAAGACUCUCUCAAAUUUUAAUCAAUAUUGUAUCCAAUAGUGUCAAGUAUACAAGGAAUGGAAAGGUUAUCUUCACUUGUGGAACAGUUGACAGAUCAGAUGCAGACUUUCCAUUCAAAGAAGAGAGGAUUUCUCUCGAUAUUGGAGAAUCUGAGCCUAUUGAAGAGGAUAAUAUUUGCUUUUUAAAAAUUGAGUGUAAAGAUACAGGAAUUGGAAUUGCUCCUGAUCAGUUGGAAAAGUUAUUUGAACCUUUUCAUAUUGUUGAGGAAAAGACUGUGAAACAAAAUAUGGAAUUUGAUAGGUACUAUACCCAAUCCGUUGUUAACACUAACAAUUCAUUCAACGAUAGACACGGCCUCGGAUUGAGCAUCUCCCACAAAUUGAUUCAAUUAAUGAGGGGAAAGAUUAUUGUAAAGAGUAAAGUCAAUGAAGGAACGACAAUCACUCUCUACAUUCCAACAAUCAAAAUUCCACAAGAGGAAUCGAAACAGUAUUCUGAAUGCAUACAUAAUAAGAUUAAAGAAUUGGAAACGAGCGAUGUCAGAGAAGUAUUAAUUUUAGACGACGAUGACGGAGUGAAAGAUGUUCUUCACAAGUAUUGUGCAUUUGUUUUCAAAAAACCAAUCAGAGAACUAUCCACUGAGAAGGAUGCCAUAGAUUUUUUCAAUAGCACAACCAAUCUUAAUAAUUGUUUGAUACUGUACAAUUCAAACAAGUUUUCCUCUCCGUUCUCCAUGAAUAUUAAUGCGAAGGAAAAUAUCAUCAUUCAGCUUUGUUCUCGAUCAACAACAUCCAAUUUGAACUCUAACACACUCUAUCUUCCUUUCAAAUUUGAAAAGUUUAUCAAUAUUUUGUACAAUAAUAUUGUUGUAAAGAAUAAGGAAAAUGACAAGUCAUUCCAUAUUGAUAAGGUUGCAAAUGGCGCCAAGAGAGCUCUCGUUGUCGAUGAUAAUGAUGUCAAUAGAAAAGUACUUCAGAAAUUAAUGACCCUUCUUGGCUUUGAAGUGGAAACAGCUGCUGAUGGUUUGGAAGCUUUUGAGAUGGUGAAAAAAACGUCAAGACCAUACGAUAUUAUUCUAAUGGAUCUGCUAAUGCCAGUCCUUUGCGGAAAGGAGAGCUGCAAACUCAUGAGAGAUUUAAAAUGCUCUGCCAAGAUUAUUGCUGUCACUGCAAACAUUUGGGAAAGCAUGGAUACCAUUCAACAGGCAGGAUUUGAUUCUGUUUUGAGGAAACCAGUCAUGCUUAAUGACCUCCGAAAAGAACUCUCUAAAUAUCUUAACUAG